AUGAUUGUUCUCCUUGGAUUCGGAAGCCCUGAGUCCUACACCCGAUGCAACAAUCCCGCCUUGCUAAAUAAAUCAUCUGAGUCGAUAAAGACAUCACAGCCAAACCUCGAAAGCUUAAUACGUCCCUGCUUCAAUCUCAACCACAAACCUACUGUACCGGCAGGCCCUACGAAAGACGCGACGAACAUCGUGUGCGCCUGGAAGAGCGAUCUUGAUCCUGUGGUUUUCGAAACGACCGAGGGCAACAGCAGGAGGCUCAAGGAUGCCGAGAUCGCCACAAUGAGGUCGCUCAUCGAAGAGAUGGAGGGCAAUGGUGUGGUCGACCUGACCAUAAACUCCCACGACAUGGAGCGAGCCGAUGAAGGAGGCUGGGAGGACGACGUCUUCUGCAUCAGCCCCACGGACGACAUGCCGCCUUUGGUCUUCAAGUUCACCCGGAACACCGGCAAUGGCCUGAAGUUCACGAACACGGCUAGCUACUUCGACAACAAAAGCCUCGUUGGCAGCGAGAAGCUGCGCAUGGUGUGGAGGGUCAGCUUUAAUGCUGAUGAACAGGAGCUGUCACCGAAGAAGCCGCUCUACUUCCUGAAGGAGGACUGUGCUUUGAAGAAGCAACAGGUGGUGCGGCUGCUGUGA